GCGGGCCUGCGCAGCCGCAGAAAGAGCUCGCGGCCUCGGGUCCGACUCGAGUCUUCAUCAGUUUCCCGCCAGGCCUGAUGAAGCCAGACCCGGUCCGUUCUGGUCUCCGCGCCUCUCAACGCCUUGGUGAGGCCGGGUCCGCAGCGCCGGUGUCGGGCCACUAGCCCUCUUCUCCAGAAACGCCGCCAACAUGCUGCAGCCCGUGUUCACCCUGAAACUGCGCCACAAAAUCAACCCCCGUAUGGUGGCCGUAGGGCGCUACGACGGGACUCACCCGUGCCUGGCGGCCGCUACCCAAGCGGGCAAGGUUUUUAUUCACAACCCUCAUGCACGGAGCCAACAUCUCGAUGCACCCAGGGUCCUCCAGAGCCCCCUGGAGUCUGAUGUUUCACUUCUCAACAUUAACCAGACAGUCAGCUGCCUGACCGCAGGAGUACUGAACCCUGAACUUGGCUAUGAUGCUCUUUUAGUGGGGACACAGACCAGUCUGUUAGCUUAUGAUGUCUACAAUAAUUCAGAUUUGUUCUACAGAGAGGCAACAGAUGGGGCCAAUGCAAUCGUGCUGGGGACGUUGGGAGACAUUACCUCUCCUCUUGCAAUUAUUGGUGGAAAUUGUGCUCUGCAGGGCUUCAAUCACGAAGGAAAUGAUCUCUUUUGGACGGUUACUGGUGAUAACGUUCAUUCCUUGGCCUUGUGUGACUUCGAUGGUGAUGGGAAGAAAGAGCUUCUUGUUGGAUCUGAGGAUUUUGAUAUCCGGGUUUUCAAAGAAGAUGAGAUUGUGGCAGAAAUAACAGAAACAGAGAUCAUCACCUCUCUUUGCCCCAUGUAUGGCAAUCGAUUUGGUUAUGCCCUUUCCAAUGGCACCGUUGGAGUUUAUGACAAAACAGCCCGAUACUGGAGAAUUAAAUCCAAAAAUCAUGCCAUGAGUAUUCAUGCUUUUGACCUUAAUUCUGAUGGAGUGUGUGAACUGAUAACUGGUUGGGCCAAUGGGAAGGUCGAUGCUCGAAAUGACCGGACCGGGGAGGUCAUCUUUAAGGACAGCUUUUCUUCUGCGAUUGCUGGUGUGGUGGAGGGAGAUUACCGGAUGGAUGGCUGCCAACAGUUAAUCUGCUGCUCGGUGGAUGGAGAAAUCCGGGGCUACCUGCCGGGCACAGCUGAGAUGAGAGGCAACCUCAUGGACAUCAGCCUAGAGCAGGACCUGAUCCGAGAGCUGAGUCAGAAAAAACAGAACCUGUUGCUGGAGCUCCGCAACUAUGAGGACAACGCCAAGGCAGAGCUGAGCAGUUCACUGAACGAGGCUGAUGGGCAUCGGGGCGUGAUCCCGGCCAACACCAAGCUCCACACCGCCCUCUCCGUCAACCUGGGGGGCGAGACACAGGCCGCCCAUGCCGAGUUGUGCAUCUCCACCUCUAAUGACACCAUCAUCCGAGCGGUGUUGAUUUUUGCGGAGGGCAUUUUUGCAGGUGAAAGCCACGUGGUGCACCCCAGUGUUCACCACCUUUCCAGCUCUGUCCGCAUCCCCAUCACACCUCCCAAAGACGUCCCCAUGGACCUGCACUUGAAAACCUUCGUGGGUUACAGGAGCAGUACCCAGUUUCACGUGUUUGAGCUGACAAGACGGCUACCCCGAUUCUCCAUGUACGCGCUCACCAGCCCGGACCCUGCCAGUGAGCCUGUCAGUCACGUCAACUUGAUCAUCGCAGAACGGGCCCAGAGGGUUGUUACGUGGCUCAGCCAGAACUUUCUGUUACCAGAGGGCACUAACAUUCAGAACGCGCCAUUUCAAGUGUGUUUCACAUCCCUACGGAACGGCGGCCAGCUGUAUAUAAAGAUAAAACUUAGUGGAGAGAUCACUAUAAAUACUGAUGAUAUCGAUUUGGCUGGUGAUAUCAUCCAGUCGAUGGCAUCGUUUUUUGCUAUUGAAGACCUUCAGGUCGAAGCCGAUUUCCCUGUCUACUUUGAAGAAUUACGAAAAGUGCUAGUUAAGGUGGACGAAUACCACUCCGUGCAUCAGAAGCUCAGUGCUGACAUGGCAGAUAACUCUAAUCUGAUCCGCAGUUUGCUGGUCCAAGCUGAAGAUGCCCGUCUGAUGAGGGACAUGAAAACAAUGAAGAAUCGCUAUAUGGAACUCUAUGACCUUAAUAAAGACUUGCUCAAUGGAUAUAAAAUUCGCUGUAACAAUCACACAGAACUGUUGGGAAGCCUCAAAGCGGUAAAUCAAGCCAUUCAAAGAGCAGGUCGUCUGCGUGUUGGCAAACCAAAGAACCAGGUGAUCACUGCUUGUCGGGACGCGAUUCGAAGCAACAACAUCAACAUGCUGUUCCGAAUCAUGCGGGUGGGGACAGCUUCUUCAUAGGAGGGGAGAGACAGGGAACCAGGUUCCUAGAAAAGGUUUCCUUAAACUUCGAGGCUGGUUUGCUUUGGAUCACAUCCUGGUGAACCCAGGGUGCUGAGAGCAAAAACAACCUUGGUGAGUUGUACCAAUGAAAAGACAAAGCACUGCAUCUUAGAAGUGUAUUCUAUUUUUUAAAAAUCAGUUGUAGUGUUGCUGAGUAAUACUGGUUUGUAUGGAGGGAAAUGAACACUUUUGAAACAUUAGGGCUUCAAAGUCCAGUUUUUCUGUAUGUAUGUAAAGUCAGUGUAUAGAUAUAUCUUUUCUUGAAAUUGUAAUUGAAUUUGUAAUUAAAAAUUAUCAUCUCCUUUUCCAUUAAAACAUAAAGGUGUUGCACUUUGUGUUGACUGUAAAAAUCACCACAUCAGGACUGCAUAGAACCAUUUGUAUUGUGUGGAGAUAAACAAAAAUUGGAUAUUCAUUUUGUGCACCUUUUUGUAAAACCUCCCAUCAAUUUAUUGAAUAUAUUUAUUUUUCAAUUAUU